GCUUUUUAACACUAGAUGAUAUAGUUGCGAGAAAUGAUGAGGGAUUAACACCAAUACUCGAAAAUGCUUUAUCUAAACGACAAAAUAUUCCAUUCAUGGCUAUUGAGAAUGAAGGAUCAACUGAAAAGAUAAAUGGAAUGUACCGCUAUGUAUUGCGUCUUUAUGGUUGUCUUAUUAAUGGACAAAAGGCACUAGUAACCCUUACAGGCAUUCAGGUUUUCUUUGACAUUCUCAUACCAAACGGAAAGACUCCAGAUAAAUGUGAAGAAAAAGAUAUAGAGACGCAAUCACGAGAGCUGGGUGAAUUUGCUGAAGUCCUUGAUCUGAAUAAUAAUGUUUUUACGAUUGGCAUGACACUGCAUUGGAAAGAUGAUCCAAAACCACUAAAGCAAAUAUGUCUUAUCGACGUUGAGACAGAACCAGAUCCACGAUGUAUCACGAUCAUAUGUGGAAACCAAGAAAAUCUACUGAAAAGAGCCUAUCAUCUCAACAUACUCGAAUGGAUGUGGGAGCGAAUAACAGGAAAGUUUGAAACAAAAGAAGAAAUUAUAAAGUGGAAAUAUCAUGGUAAGAUAGGAGCAAAAUCUGAAAAUGCUUUUGUAAAAAAGUAUCCUGUUAAGUCUCCCGAGGAAGGGGAAGAUGAUCCAGAGGAAAAGGAAUUGUGUCUCAAAAAAUGUUAUCCCUCUUCUGAAGUCGAAAAGAAAGGUUCGUUAAAAUUCUUCUUAAAAAAAUGUAGUCUUGAUGAUAAAGCUGACAUGCCAUAUAAUGAAAUACGCACUGCGUUGUCAGGAGCUAUUGGUAAAACUAAGUACGCUUAUGCCGUUAAACAAGAUAUAGUUUUUAGCACGAGAGUAUGUAAAAAUAUAGAAAAAGGGAAAUUUCCUGACGCAUACGUUUUUCCGCCUAAAAAAGGUAUCGAGAAGGAAAGGCCAGUAACUGGUCUAGAUUUUGCUUCAUUAUAUCCUAGUAUUAUCAUGGCAUAUAACCUCUCCCCAGAAAAAUUUAUAUUUAAUCCAAAGGAUGCUGGUAUUGCGCAAAAUAAUGGAAAUGACUUACAUAAGAUUGAGUUUUCGUUUAAUAAUCAUAUUGAUUUAUUUAACAAGAGGUUGGAACUUAAAGCACGUCUAGUCCCACUAGGAAAGAAAAGGCAACAUCUUGGGAAGAUUAUAAGUUCAGCUAAAGAAAGAGGCAAAAAGAUUCCAGAAAGCUUAAAUUUAGAAUACUCAUCCGUAUGCUUCGAUUACGAUUAUUGGGAUUCGAAGCAAAAAGCUUUAAAGCGGGAAAAUAUAACCUUAAUCUUGUUGCUAAAUUCGUAUCAAAGAAAGGAUAAAUAUUAUGAAAAAUGCGAUGAAGCCCUCUCCAGAAAAGAUCUUUCUAAAGAAGCGCACUGGACUGAAAUGGUUAAAAUUACUAUGGAUGUGAUGAGAAAGUUACGUGAUCAAGUAAACGCUUAUCUUAGGAUAAAAAGUGAGACGUCCUAUCUAAAGAUAGCAUACGAAGAGGUAUUAUUUUCCGUCUGCUUUGCCAGUAAAAAGAAGUACUUUGGGGUUAGGCAUGAAGAUGUAGUAAACUUUAAGCCGAAAACCCUUUUCAUGAAAAGGAUAGAUACUGUAAAACAAGGGAAAUCCCAGCUUCUCAAAUUCAUUGGAGAGAAGAUUAUGAGGGAGGCUAUAGAUAUAAAUAAUACCCGCUUAAUUAAUGAAAUUGUUAAAAAUACUCUUAGAGAAGCCUAG